UGGAUGUGGCGGGCAGCAAAAGGCAAUUAAGAGCAAACAAGGGAUCGAUUCGCCAGGGGAGGCAAAGGUUAGAAAUUUUCCGAGCUAAUGCACGGUAGGAUUCUCGACUCAGAACCUAAAUCAUGAAGAUUUCAGGAAGGGACACUUCUCGGUCGUAUGACUAGGGAAUGAGGGACGAGAACCUCGGGGCUUAUCGCUAAAGCCGCGCGAUCGGAGAGCCAAGAGGACCGGUUGGCAGACGAUCGUAGAAGGGGUUGGUUAGCCCCCAGUUUAGUCGCUCUAGUCGUCGGCGCUGAAAGUUUAUUUGAUGCGAUGGAGAGAUUAUUUCAUUGGGAUGGGUAUGGACUUUGCCCCAAGGUUGAACAGGACUACCACAGUGGUAAGGAUCGACAGCGAGCCGGUGGUCGGAACACCGAACGCAUCACUCGCAGUCGCAGGUGCAGAGGGAAAGAGAGUAAAGUAAUAACGACUCGAGGAACCCUCGAUGCUGGCUGGUGAUCUUAUCUAUCCCGGAAGGAACGCACCAGGAUUCCCGUCGUGCAGAAUCGAUAUUGGGAUAGCAAUCCCUGCAACUUUUAUAUCGACGUCCCCUGUCCCUUUUUUAACGAGAAAUAUCUCUUUCUGCUUGGCUAUGAUGCUGGUGGGGGCCAUUCAUUUCAAACACUGAGGCCUGAUGCAACACCCCGGAGCCAGUGCUUGAUUAUAUGUUGCAACCUAUCCAUAUGCCCUCGCAUCACCUGCUUACGAUUCCAAAUUCCGAGAUUUGUUUGGACAGCCAGCUCUUCAAUCGCCAUCCAUCAUGCUUGCAAAUAUACUUAUCGGUCAAUUCUGUCGGUGCCAGGCCUCAUUAAUAUCGAGUAGUGUGUGAUGUCUUGGCGUGGCGACAUGAGCGGAUAAUUGGCAUUGACCAUUGGCAAUGCAUGCUCUCCAUGACUGGGAACUCAUCCGACGCUUAAAUAUUUCACCGCUAGUGUUGUUUUGACUGCUUUA